CCAUGGCAUUCAUCUUAGAGCAAAUCCGGCAGAAAUAUGGCAAGCCUGGGCGCCGUGAUCGAGGAGAGGGCGGGGACAAGGAAGGCGAGGAGAGGAAGGAAAGAAAAGAAGGGGAGGAAUGCGGAGGAGUGAUGCAAACACCGGGAGGGGGAGUGUUUUACGACAUUGGAUCUGGGACAGGCAAGCCCUGCUUUGCGGCGGCUGCCCUUUUCCCUUUCAAAAAGGUUGUGGGCAUCGAAGUCUUGGGGAGUCUGGUGGAGGCCGCGCAGGAGACGCGAAGGGAGUGGGAGGAGCGGGCAGUCCCUGCCUUGGCUACCGUCCGCGGACACGUCGACAACAAAGAGGGAGAGGCUGCCGUCCGCGGACACGUC